CAACUUGCUGCCCCUGAAACCAUGACUGAGCCGGGCUUUACAAGCGACAAGUCCAAUCCCGAAAUGGGGACGAGUAUCGAUGUGCAAACAUCUGUUGGUAAAGCAGACUCGGCAACCCUCCACGAAGACACAGUAAAUCAUGCUUCUUCUGAUUCAGAGGAUCAGAACGGUGGAAUGGAGGCCCAGCUUCACAGUCUUGCCCGCAGGCUCACCAAUCACUCUGAGGCAAGCCCGCCACUCUUUCCCGUUGCUGCCGGUACGCAGCUUGAUCCAGGCAGCGACGAUUUCAACCCAAGAAAAUGGGCGAAGGCUUUCUACCAGUCCCGUGUGGACGCUUCCGACGGAAAUAAGCCUCGCACUACGAGUCUCGCCUUCAAGGAUCUCAACGUUUACGGUUUCGGUUCCGCUGUCGACUUCCAAAGAACUGUCGCCCACUUCCUACUCGAAGGUGUAGAUUUGGUCAGGCGUGUAAUUGGACGGGACAACAAAAAGAGGAUCGAUAUUCUCCACGACUUUGAAGGCUUGAUACACCAGGGAGAGAUGCUCUGCGUCCUCGGACCUCCAGGUUCUGGUUGUUCGACCUUGCUGCGAACCAUCGCGGGAGAUACCCAUGGUUUUUAUGUCAGCGAUGGAGCCACUUUGAACUAUCGAGGUAUUCGGGCAAAGGAGAUGAAGACGAUCUACCGAGGCGAGGCAAUCUACACAGCGGAAGUUGAUCACCACUUUCCUCAGUUCACGGUCGGGGAUACGCUUUAUUUUGCCGCUCGCUCUCGAUGCCCGAAGAAUAUCCCUAAUGAAAUAUCCAAACAGGAGUAUACCGAACAUCUGCGAGAUGUUAUCAUGGCGAUGUUUGGUAUUUCUCACACGAUCAACACGAGGGUCGGCAACGACUUUGUACGCGGUGUGAGUGGUGGUGAGAGGAAGCGGGUGACAAUUGCAGAGGCGUCACUGGGAUACUCUCCUCUGCAAUGUUGGGACAACAGCACGAGAGGUCUUGACAGCGCCAACGCUAUUGAAUUUUGUCGGACGUUGAAGACCCAAGCUGAUAUCAUCGGCUGCACCUCCUGCGUUGCCAUUUAUCAAGCUCCCCAAGCAGCGUAUGAUCUGUUUGACAAAGUAGUUGUAUUGUACGAGGGCCACCAAAUUUUCUUUGGUAGAGCUAGAGAUGCCCAGGUCUACUUUGAGAACUUGGGAUUCAUUUGCCCAGAGCAACAAACUACGGCCGAUUUCCUGACAUCUAUGACCAGCGCCAGCGAACGAGUCAUUCGACCUGGCUGGGAGAGCAAAGCACCUCGAACAGCAGAAGAGUUUUCAAAAGCCUGGAAGAACAGCCAGGAGCGGUCCCAGCUGAUGGGAGAAAUCGACCGCUACCUUGAGGAGCACCCGUUCGACGGCGAGCACCACCAGGAGUUCUUUGAGUCUCGCCGAAUCGACCAGUCAACGAUGCAGCGCGGCCGAUCUCCGUUCAACCUGUCAUUCUUUCAACAGAUGACGCUUACUUUCUGGAGAAGCUGGACCUUGUUAAAGAGUGAUCCAUCCCUCACGGUAACAUCCCUGGUCUGCAACGGCUUCGAAGCCAUCAUUAUUAGCAGCAUCUUUUACAAUCUUCCCCAAGACACUUCAAGCUUUUUCAAACGGACGCUUCUCAUAUUCAUGGUUAUUCUCCUGAAUGCUUUUGGUGGCAUUCUAGAGAUCAUGACGCUUUACGAAAAACGAAAGAUUGUUGAGAAACACGCCCGGUACGCCUUUUACCAUCCGAGUGCCGAAGCGCUUUCUGCCAUGGUUACCGAUAUGCCCUACAAAAUUGUCAACGCCAUUAUCAUGAACUUGAUUCUGUAUUUCAUGUGUAAUUUGCGACGCGAACCUGGCGCUUUCUUCAUCUUCAUGCUCUUCUCCUUUACAUUAACGAUGACUAUGUCAAUGCUGUUCCGCUUUAUUGGCUCCGUCACGAAGAGCAUGGAACAGGCUCUCGCGCCAGCCAGUGUCAUUCUCCUCGCCCUUGUCCUAUACACGGGUUUCACCAUACCGAUAGGUUACAUGCAGGUCUGGCUCGGUUGGAUUCGCUGGAUCAACCCGGUGUUCUACGGGCUGGAGAGCGUGUUCCUGAACGAGUUUGUCGGAAGACAGUUCCCAUGCACGAACCUGAUACCCUCCGGUCCUGGAUAUGAAAACGUGUCUCUGGCAGAACGGGCAUGCAACGUCGCCGGUUCCGUUCCUGGACAAGCCUCUGUCGACGGUGCAACCUACCUACAAGCUGCCUUUGGAUUUGUCAAUGCCAACAAAUGGCGUAAUCUCGGGAUCCUCAUUGGUCUUAUGAUUUUCUUCAUGGCCCUUCAUCUCGUUGCUACUGAGUAUGUCGCAUCUGAACGUUCCAAGGGCGAAGUUCUAGUCUUCACACGUGAAGCUAUGAAGAAGCGACAGAAAUUCAACGCAGACCUUGAAUCACCCGGAGCGGAUUCAUCAGCCAUGGCAGGACACCAGGUAGAGGACAGUGAUCGGAGCGAUUCUGCGGCUGAGGUUGAAAAGCAGACCUCUAUUUUCCAUUGGAGAAACGUUUGUUACGACAUCAAAAUCAAGAAUGAGCCACGAAGAAUUCUUGAUCAUGUUGACGGUUGGGUAAAGCCUGGUACACUGACAGCACUCAUGGGUGUUUCUGGAGCGGGAAAAACUACCCUUCUUGAUGUUCUUGCCAGCCGGGUGACCAUGGGUGUUGUUACUGGUGAAAUGUUGGUAGACGGAUCCCAACGUGACUCCUCGUUCCAGCGCAAAACAGGCUACGUCCAGCAACAAGAUCUUCAUCCAGAGGCAUCAACAGUCCGGGAAGCUCUUGAAUUUAGUGCUCUUCUAAGACAGCCAGCUCGUUAUUCGAAGGAAGAAAGAAUCGCUUAUGUCGACACUGUUAUUGAGCUGUUGAAUAUGGAAGAAUAUGCUGAUGCUAUUAUCGGAGUUCCAGGCGUUGGUCUUAAUGUUGAACAGCGUAAGAGACUGACCAUUGGUGUUGAGCUCGCCGCUCGCCCUCAACUCCUUUUAUUCUUGGAUGAACCUACUUCUGGUCUUGACAGCCAAACAUCUUGGUCUAUCUGCAAUUUGAUGGAGAAGCUGAUUAAGAGCGGCCAAGCUAUUCUGUGUACUAUUCAUCAACCUUCUGCUAUGCUCUUCCAGCGAUUUGACCGACUUCUCUUGCUUGCUAAAGGUGGCAAGACUGUCUACUUUGGAGAAAUUGGUAAGAAUUCACACAUCUUGAUGGACUAUUUCACACGGAACGGCGGUGCUCCGUUGCCCGCCGGACAAAACCCGGCAGAACACAUGUUGGAAGUUAUUGGUGCAGCCCCUGGCGCUCAUACUAGCAUUGACUGGCCUUCUGUGUGGAGGCAAUCUCCCGAGUACCAGGACGUCCAAAAUGAACUAGGAAGGCUAUGUACGAACGAAAAGACGGCCACUUCAACUACGGCAGUCGAGGAUCCUGGUCAAUUCGACGAAUUCGCCACACCGUUUUCUGCUCAACUCGUGCAGGUUACGAAACGUCUUUUCCAAGCCGUUUGGCGCAACCCCAGUUAUGUCAUGUCCAAGUUCAUUCUAUCGGCUGGAGCUGCUCUAUUCAUUGGGUUCUCUGUCAUGAACAUGGACAACACCAUGCGCGGCCUACAGAACCAAAUGUUUGGCGUCUUCCUCUUUCUCACUAUUUUUCCGCAGCUGAUUGAACAAUUUUGUCCUCUGUUCUGUACCCAGAGAACUCUCUACGAAGCUCGCGAGCGCCCUUCCAAGAUAUACUCGUGGCAGUCUUUUAUUGUGGCCAACGCUAUCGUAGAAGUCGCUUGGAACUCGCUCAUGUCCGUCUUUUGUUUCGUCUGCUGGUACUUUCCGAUUGGUCUCUACCGCAACGCCGAAUGGACAGACCAAGUACACUCGCGAGGCAUUACUAUCUUUCUUCAUGUCUGGCUGUUCUUCGUUUUCACAAGUACCUUUGCCAUGAUGCUUAUCGCCGGUUUGCCAAGCCCGGACAUCGCUGGCGGUGUUCUCACACUCAUCUUCAUCAUGAUGUUCGCUUUCAAUGGUAUUCUGGCAGGCCCCGAUGCACUCCCUGGAUUCUGGAUCUUCAUGUAUCGGGUCAAUCCUUUCACAUAUGUUGUUGAGGGGUUUUUGGGCACAACUCUUGCGAAUGCUCCGGUUACAUGUGCUUCAAACGAAAUUGUCACAUUCAUGCCACCCAACGGCACCACUUGCAGCGAAUAUCUUUCCGACUUCAUUGGCACGACCAGUGGAAAGCUUCUUGGAGAUUCCGGCUCGAGUACCACAGAAUGUAACUAUUGUGCCAUGUCGAGCACCAACGACUUCCUGGCUGGUAUUACGGUAAACUUUGAUAACCGCUGGCGCAACUUCGGACUGAUCUGGGCCUACAUCUUCUUCAACAUUGGCGCGGCCUUGUUCUUUUACUGGCUGGCCCGGGUCCCCAAACCUAAGAAGAUCAAGAAGGAGUAA